CACGGACACUGCCUAAGCCACUUUGCACCCACUUCGUGGCCCUCAGUUUCCCUCCUCACACUCGAGCUGCCCGGGCUGGUCCCCCCUCCCUGUCUUGCUUCACGCACGCCCUCCCUCCCUCGUAGCUCCCCACCUUCUCCCUCCGCUCCUCCUUGCUCGCUUCCUUCCUCGUCCCUUGCAUCCGUUGCAUCCCGGCCCCGGCAUGAACUCGUCCUAUGACGGCUCCCCGGCGAGCGGCGCCCGCUCGGUGGUGGAAGCAACCAACACCGACCGUGCUGCCCCGACUGGCGGCACCAUGUCUCCGCCCCCUCGGCACACUGUGGCCCUGGAGACCUCGCACCUGCUGAAGGAUGAGCUUUUCACCCGGCCACCGGUGGAUCUGCGCGAGGUUUGCCCUCCGGCCCUGGUGGGCUUGCGUUUGCUGGGCCCCUCGGGCAGUCACUACCCCCCGGCUCCCUCUCCCUCGCAGGUGCAUGCUUCGGCCUCCUCCUCAUCGGCCUCGGUGGCUGGCAGCCCUCUCGGCAGUCCGGCCAUGGGGUUCUCCACCGAGUUCUCCCCGGCCCCGACUCCGACGACGUCCGUGACCACGACCCCGCACUCUCCGAGCAAGUCCGCCGGCUCCGGGAAGCGCGCACGCGCCCAAAGCCGCCAGCGUCUGCUGGACGACACGCGCCAGCUCAUUCGAUUUGUGUGCGAGCGUCCGCUUGACUCCGAGCAGGUGGCCGAGCAGACGGCCGAUCACACCCCCGAGACGAAGCAGCAGCAGCAGCAGCAGCAACAAGCCGCGCGCCAACAGGCUACCCCGGUGGCCGAGCGCCCGCCCUCGCCGACCUCCGGCUCUCGUCUGAUCGAGCCCUAUUCCGACUUCAAGAUGCGCCGACUCACCGGCGCGCUCUCCAAUACGGUCUACGUCUGCUCAUCCUCUUCACAUCCGGAUAUCCUCCUUCGCGUGUAUGGCUCCGGCUCGUCGCACUUCUUCUCGCGCGAGACCGAGCUGUCGAUCUUCGGCCUGGUGGCGAAUUACGGCCUGGGCCCGGCUCUGAUGGCCUCUUUCCCCGGGGGCCGGCUGGAGGAGUUCAUCGGCGACGCGCGCACCAUCGAUGCCAAGAGUGUCCGCUCGCCCGGGACCUCGCGGAGCAUUGCCCGAGCCAUGGCCCGGCUGCAUGCCAUCGGCCUGGACUAUUCGCCCCAGGCCCGGGACCAUGGGUUCCCGCCGCCGCCGUCGAUCCCCGGCGAGACGCCCGGGGUGUCGUCCCUCUUCGCGAAGAUCCGCCGCUGGGCGGUCAACCUCCGUGCCUUGGAUGCGGAGGCGCGCGCCGCUGGCGCGGCUCUGCGGCACAGCGCCGAGCCGGAGCCGGCUGCUGCUGACGCGCUGGCCGGGGCGCCGACCCCGGGGGCUGCCGGAGCGCCGACCACCGGUGCCUGCAUGGGCGAUCCGGAGAUCCUGACCACGCGCCUGCGUACCACGCGCCUGGUGUCGGUGGCCGACCUGCAGGCGGAGCUCGACUGGCUCGAGGCCAAGCUCGAGGAGUUGGAAACGCGCGAUGGUCAGCGCAGUCCAAUUGUCUUCUCCCACAAUGACGCCCAGUAUGGGAAUAUCCUGCGCCGGGAUGGUGGCCAUGAUUCGACGACCCCGCACCGGACGUCGGACAGCCUGCCCACAGCGGUCGGCUAUGAUGGCCGUGUGACCAUGGUCGACUUGGAGUAUGCUGGUUUUGCGCCGCGCGGCUUCGACAUCGGCAACCACUUCUGCGAGUGGGCCGCCGAUUACCACUCCUCCGAGCCGCAUGUCUUCCACUUCCACCUUUACCCGUCGGUGGCCGAGCAGCGGGCCUUCAUCCGGGCGUACCUGGCCGAGUACCGGCGCCUCGAGGCCCUUGGGUCGGUGCGUCUGGACCCGUACCUGCACACGGACGGCCCGCCUCCGCUGGAGGCCGAGGCCGCGGCCCUGGGCAUCUCCUCGGAGGAGGUGGACCAGGUGCUGCUGGAGUCGACUCGCUAUGCGCUGGUGUCACAUCUCCUUUGGAUCCUGUGGGGUCUGAUUUCGGCGCAUUGCGUUCCGCCGUCGGAAAUCGACUUCGACUUCGGCGCCUAUGCCUCCUUGCGUUGGGUGGAGUAUUGGCGUGUGCGUGAUUGUGUGCUGGGGGAUCUGCCAUGUGGCAGUGGCUCCGACGAUUCGGACGGCACAGAGUCCCCGGUGGAGGGGGCCCCCCCCGGCGGGGGCAUCUCCCGGUCGGCGGACAUCACCAAGCGGGCCUUCAGCAUGAUUGGCCCGACGCCGGCCGUCAGCAGCGGUGCGGCCACCGCCUCCAAGAAUGCUCGGAAUGCGGAGGCCGCCGAGGCGGAUGCCCUGCAUGAGGCCCAGUCGUUGACGGCGGCGGCGGCGGUGGCUGCCGCCUCGGCGGCGGCGGUGGCUGCCGCCAAUGCGGCCGUCACCUCGGCCGCCAUGUCGGCUGUUCCCUCAUCGACGCGCAGCGCUGAUGCCCUCCUCGAGACGGCAUCCCUUCACAGCACUCCCAGCCAGUCUCCCGAUCCUGUCCAUUGA